AUGAAAGCUAUAGGGAAGGUGGUGGUGUCCUCCUCGGCGGACGGCGACCCCAUCAUCGUCGCCGUCCUGAUCGGACGCGACGUCAUCGUUUCCACUUGCCGACCGGUCGGCGAGAGCAACUCGUUCCUCCUGGGGGCGCUACAUCAUGAGGCCAUCGACAUUGCCCUUUUUCAAGGGAAAAUCUACGCCCUCUCGAGGGGCCAUGUCCUCGAGACCCUUGACCUCAGCAAUGGCCACCAAAAAGGCUUCAAACUCAACUACAGUACCGAACUCAUGAUAAAGCACCCAUGGCAAAACUACCACCACCAAGAUUUCCAAGACGGUUUUCCCUUGGUCAAGAUAUAUCUGGCCGAGUCCGGUGGCAAGCUGCUGAUGGUGAAGCGAUGGCUCCGAUGCCCAUGGAUGAGGACGGCCUCCUCCCCGGAUGCGGCUAGUAGAAGAACUUUCCGGUUCGAGGUCUGGGAAGCAGACCUGAGCGAACGCCGGUGGAAGAAGUUGGACGGCUGCCUAGAAGGCCAGGCGCUCUUUGUUAGCAGGCCGUGCUCCAAGUCUUUGCCAGCCGGUCAUGGAGUUCGAGGAGACUCUAUCUACUUCCUCAACAAACUCUACCAGUGGAAGCAGCCGGAGGCACCUCUCGGUGACUCUGGCGUGUACAAGAUUAGAGACAAGACGUUCAUCCCGUUGCUGCGUGACUCGAUGCCAUCGCUGCCGUGGAAGAGCGAGCGGUUUCCAUCAUGGUUUUUUCCUGUCCAAUUUUAA